AUGGCUCCCAAGUCCAUUAUCGGCCUCCUCUCUCUCCUACCUAUCACGACUGUCCUCGCCCUGGACCCAAGCUGCGCUCCAGGAGGCAACUUUGACCUCAGCCUCUGGAGCCUCCAGCUUCCCACCGGCAGCCCCGGCAAAGUCGACACCAUCAAGAGCAAAGACCUUCAAGGCUGCAAUGGCUUCACCGGCCCCACGUUCUUCACCGACCAGAGCAAUGGUGAGCUCAUUCUCACGGCUCCCGGUAACCCGGACCAGACCGGCUGUGCCACCACCUCUGGCAGCGAGCACUGCCGCACCGAGCUGCGCGAAGUCGACCCCGCGACUGGUCAGAACACGGAUUGGGCCCCGUCCGGAACCAACACGCUCACCGUCACCAUGAAGGUGGUCCAGGCUGAUGACGGCUCUCAUGGUACGGCCAUUGGCCAGGUCUUUGCUGCGGCGGCCAGCAAGCCUCUUGCGGAGAUGUACUACAGCCCCAAGGGCGACAUCACCGUUGGUGUCAAGCAGGGCCCCAGCGGAGGUCAGGCCAUCACCAAGCUCGGAAGCGUGCCUCUGGGCACGUACUUUACCUAUGUAAUGUCGUAUUCCGACGAGGUACUGAGCAUCUCGAUUAACGGAAAGGAGACGAAACUUGAUACCUUUAGCUGGGGCACUCCCAACUGCUACUUUAAGAGCGGCAACUACAACCAGGGCAAGACUGCUAUCACUUCAGAGGUGCAUAUUCAGUCUAUUGCCGUUGUGCACGCUUAG